GUGUUUUGUGCUUCUUUAUCCGAAACGAAAUGUCAAUUGAAAGAGAAAAGAGGACAAGAUGUAACACAAAAGUGUCAAUGGACGCAAUUCAUCUGAAGGAUUAAUGUUUCGCGUUUUUCGUUUGUGAUAAAUACCAGCGUUCAUACAGUGAUCUGCUUAUAACACGGAGUCAAUGUACACUUUCCUCAUUAACAAAACUAAAAUCGAAUAUUAUGAUAAAAGUAAAUAAUUGUGGACUGGCAGAAACAACAAAAUGAAGACUAACUGAAUGUCGAAAAUUAAUGGAGAAAGAUAAACUAUGCAAGAUUAGCUACCAAUAGGAUACUCGGAGAAGGACAACACUUAAUGUUGUUUUGCAUACAAUACCUUUUCAAAAAUGGGACACUUUAUUUGUGUGACCAAUCAACAUCAUUUGGCAUUGUUUCUACUGUCAUUAGCAUUAAUAGGAACCACACCCGGUAAAAUUUUACUAGUGCAUGCUACCUCUACUAAUCAUCGAGAUAGGGGAAGUUCGUUAACUACUGGUGGUGAUUGGGAUGAUACACCUGAAGAAGAAGAAGGUUACUGUGCCCCAUAUAAUGGAAAGGUUUGCAAAUCGUUUAUAAAUAGUCGUCAAGUUUGGUACAGCCGUGAGGAUGGAACUGGGGGAUGGGAAAAUGAAAAAAUUACUGCUGCUCUUUUUCGUGACUUGAUAAAUGAUCUUCCAGAAUAUUGCCGGCCUGCCGCAGAGAAAAUGCUUUGUGCGUAUGCUUUUCCCCAGUGCGUAAUUAAAGAUGGUGUUACGGUACGGUUACCCCUAUGUUACGAAGAUUGCGUAGCCACUCAUUUGCAGUUUUGUUAUAAUGAUUGGGCACUGAUUGAGGAAAAAAAGGAACGCGGUGAUGUGAUUAAAUCUCGAGGCCAUUUUAGGCUACCAAACUGUGAAGAACUUCCACGUUACAAUAAAACAGCUCGCCCUUCAAGCUGUUCUCAUGUGGGGUUGACUGAACUUGUUCCAGAGGAAAUAACUUUCGACUGUCGAAUGGGUAGCGGCCGUUACUAUUUGGGGACAACAAAUGUGACGGCGACAGGUAUUCCAUGUCAAAAAUGGGAUUCCCAAGAACCACACUCACAUCAUAAGCCACCUUUAGUGUUCGCCGAGUUACUAGAUGCAGAAAAUUACUGCAGGAAUGCUGGUGGCGAAGAACCGACUCCUUGGUGUUACACUAUAAACAAAACAGUUCGAUGGCAGGCGUGUGAUAUACCACUUUGUCCUAAUUCCACGGAUAUGAGUUCUACAAAAACACCUGUGAGUAUAGUAAUGGAUUCGGUAUUUACUCCAUCGAUGAUCUUUCUACUGUCUGGUAUCGGAUUUGUUGCAAUUGUUCUUCUGCAUCUUAUGGUAUUUCUGUGCUACCGGAUUACUAGACACAAUCGUAAUCGACGACAGGGAUCUGCUGGGUAUAACGCAACGUCUACGCAGGAAAGUCAAGGUAUAGACAUAAAUAAAUUGCCUAGUAACGUAAAUUAUCAUCGCACUGGUGCUCAAUUGAACCCAAAACUUGAAAAGUUAGAGUUUCCCAGAAAUAAUAUAAUCUACAUAAAAGAUUUGGGGCAAGGAGCAUUUGGACGUGUUUUUCAAGCUAAAGCACCGGGACUGAUUGCUGGAGAAGAUUUUACUUUGGUAGCUGUGAAGAUGUUAAAGGAUGAAGCUAGUCAGGACUUGCAGGUUGAUUUUGAACGCGAGGCCUGUCUUUUGGCUGAGUUUGAUCAUCCCAACAUUGUGAAACUACUUGGUGUAUGUGCUAUUGGGCGUCCAAUGUGUCUAUUAUUUGAGUUUAUGGCACGUGGAGAUUUGAAUGAAUUCUUACGUCAGUGUUCGCCUUUCGCGCAUCAGAAUCGAGCAGACAGUAUAAGCACGGAACUUUCUCACGGGGAUCUCCUGAGUAUAGCAUGUCAAGUUGCUGCUGGAAUGGUUUACCUUUCUGAGCGAAAGUUCGUCCAUCGUGAUUUGGCAACUCGAAAUUGUCUGAUUGAUGACAACAUGGUAGUAAAGAUCGCAGACUUCGGUUUGUCACAUAAAAUCUACUUGCAGGAUUACUAUAAGGGAGAUGAAAAUGAUGCAAUUCCUAUUCGCUGGAUGCCACUGGAAAGUAUUUUGUAUAAUAAAUAUACAAUCGAGUCUGACGUUUGGGCAUAUGGCGUGUGCCUGUGGGAGAUUUUCUCUUUCGCCAUGCAACCAUACUACGGAAUGACACAUGAAGAGGUCGUUAAGUUUGUCAAGGAGGGUAACAUGCUCAGUUGUCCGGAGAAUACACCACUCACAGUGUACGAUUUAAUGCGGAAAUGCUGGAACAGAAAACCUGCUGACCGACCCAGUUUUCCUGCUAUACACCAAAAACUGCAACAAAUUCGCGCAGAUUUUGAAGGGAAGCUUCUAAUGUAGUUAACCGUAGUAUGACACACAUUUACUUGGGGUAAUCUGCUACCCAAUUCGGUAAUUGGCGCUAAUUUGCUUUUUAGAAAGUUAAAAAGACUGCUUUUUUAUUUUAAAUCAAGAAAAAAACCGAUUUUGACUGAAUCACUAUGUUACUUUUGUGGAAAAAAGUUGGGCCACAUUUUUAAAAUACAUGCUACCAUUGCGUUUUUAGACUACUGAUGAUUAAAGACAUUUUUGGUUUUGUGAUUAUAGAUAUAUCUUUUAUAGAAGUUAUUUUUGUACGACUGAUAAUAGCUAGAGUAACUUCACUGACUUCAAAUUAUACUUUAGGACUAAAUUCAACAGUAUUUAUGCCAGAUAGCUACCGGUAUACAUAUAUACAUUUAUAUUACUCUUCAUUUUACUUUAAUUUAUCUACUGCCAUAUUCUUCAUGAUAGAACUAUUAUAACAUUUGCAUAUCGGUUAGUGUUGUUUGAUUAGAAAUUAGUUCAUAACCAAUGCGAACUGAACAAUAACACAUAGAUCCUCUCUUAGCGUAUAGUUAUAUAAAUAUUAGCACUAAGGUUUUAUUCAUAAGAUUUGUAUUUAAAGUAAGUUUGAAAAUUAAUGCAGAUUCUUCAGCUGUGUGUUACACAUGUAAGAAAUCAAAAAUAAUUGAAUAAUUGAAGUUUCUUGAAUCAAAUCAACUAGUGAUUGUUAUUAUUUUUAUUUUAUUAUUUAUGGCACUUGAAUCACAGUUGUCCUAUUUUCUGUAUUCAAUUUCCCUCGAGAUUGUGAUAAUCGGAAGUAAUCUCAGCAUUCUGUUAUAGAUACCCAUGUUUCUAAUAUUUAUAUACUUACCUAUUCUACUAGUUAUUCAAUUGACUCCCAAAAUAGCCAUGAUUCAGAAAUAAAACCUACUAACUUCAAAUGUCAGUGACAACGGAAGUCAGUGAAACAAACGAUUGGAGUGCAGAUUUCUCUAUUUUUUAUAUAGCUUGUAAGCGAGCAUUGCCAAAUAUGCUGAUUUAUAGCACAAUAGCAAAUCAAAUAAUGGCAGCAAGGACUCGACCAUAAGUUAUUCAGAGUGUUGGAAUUUUGGACACAAGUAUUUUAAAUGAACAUUCUGCAUAACUGCGUCUCACAUAUAAUGCUACAUACUCGUGUGCAGCGAGUAGCUGUAUAGAAUGUCCAUAGAAAAUGGUAGACAGAAUCUACAUUGCAAAUCCAAAGAGAGACCAUUUAAUAGUUCUAAGCGAGUAUCGAAAUCAUCUGAUGUAAAGAUUGUGAAGUGUUCUAAUGGUAUAGAAUAUAAAUGUGUUUGCCUCGUA